CAGAACGCCACGCUCGUGCACGUCGUCACCGCGUCACUGGGAAGAGGCGUGACUAUCGCAGCCGAACCGAGAGACUAAGAGACUUCAUCAGCUCGCAAAGAGAAGCAGGCGGGAAAGGAUAUCACGUGCCCGUGUUGUGUUGUUGUCGGGUGAAGCAGCAGCUAUGAGUGACAUGAAGCCUUCGGCGAUGCGCUCUGCGCGAUCCGCAACCGUAUCCAGCGCAAACCCGUUGAGACAUCGCAACCCGCACAUCACGGAAACAAUCCGCGAGCGGUUCAAUGCACUUGAUCUCGAAGUUCUCCUGCAUGAGUUCCGGGCCGUCGCAGACUCACAGGGGGACGAGGAAGAGGAAGCGCCAUCGGAGGUGGCGGCUGAUCCGGAGUCUGAGGCAAAGUGGCUCUCUGAGACGGGAUUCGAUAGUCUUGCACAGAAGUUCGAGUCAGGGAAACACAUCACAGAUGCGGACAUUGAGGCGCAGAUGGCCGGGUUCAGUGCACAGCAGAAGAGGGCCGUCAAGGCGCGCGCACAGCUCCUGAACGAGACGCUCUCUAUGCGCGGGAUCAAGAAGCCCUCAAAGCCAUCGGCAAAGGACAUCUUUGCAAACCCGCCCCAGCAGGAGGAGAUGCGGCAGCGGCUGCUGUCAACGAAAGUCGAUGUUCCGACAAUGUUCUACGACCUCAGCGAGGAGGACCAGAAGCAGACGCCCGAGCCGCUGCUGACGGACGCGUACAUCGAGGCGUUCAGCCUAACGCAGCGCCUGAAGGACCAGGUGUACGGGCUGCAGCUGCUGGUGAUGCUCCUGCCAAAGGUGCACCGCGCGUGCCUCCGUCGCCUGCUUGCCUUUCUCGUCAAAGUCGGCGAGAACGCGGACGAGAACAAGAUGAGCACGCGCAACCUCGCAGUUGUGUUUGCGCCGACGCUGUUCUACGUGCGCGGGCACAAAGGCAAGCGGAUGCUGAAGGAGGUUGAGAUCCAGGUCACAACGGCGUCGACACUCAAGCUCAUGCUUGAGAACCAUCGCAAGCUCUGGGAGGUGCCUGCGGACAUUCUCGGGCAGAUUCGGUUUGUGAACGAGUCGCGGAUGAGCGGACGGAAAGCGAACAAACCAAAAGACCUCAAGCGACUGCUGACGGAACGCAAGUCAGGCCUGUUUAGCAAGGCGCCGAACAAGCCCGCAUCAGACGUGAUGGUGCGGUGGGUGUCCAACUCGACAAAGGUGCCGCCUGUGGAGGCGUGCGUGUCUGUCAUUGGACCAACAGGAGAGCUCGAGCCGGAUCUCGAAGUGACGCGCGACACGACAUGCGCUGACAUUCUCAGGAUGAUGGAAUCACCGCCAAUCUACGACCUGUACGAAUGUGGCGGAAACAUCAAUCGCCGGAGGAUAAAUCCACUCGCGCGCAUUCUGCCUAUCCUUCGCGUGAACCCUGGCUUGACCCUCAUGAUCCUUGGCUCAUCGUGACUGUUACCCUUUGAUUGCUCUGAGGAGUGUUCAUCAUAGAUGGUGGCACACAUGUGUAUGAGAGUUUGUGAAUGCGUGUGUGUGUGUGUUUGUGUUUGUGUGUGUGUGAAGUUGGUGUGUGUUUGUGUGGACAGUGUGUGUUUUGUGCGUUGACGUGUGCCAGAGCUUGUGUGCUCUCUCCUCUCUGAACCGUGUUUUCUUCUCUUCUGAUAGUUUCAUUUGCCAAACACGUCACAUUUUGCAUUGAUUUCUUUCACAUUCGUUGCCCCUUGCUCUACUUGUUUGUGUAUGUGUGUGUGUGUGUGUGUGUUGGUUUCUUCGCAUCGUGCCUUGUUCACACUUCGUUUCCCCAGCAACAUGUGUUGUUGGGUUGUUCUCCGCGGGCUUGUGAGCUGGUGUAUGUGCAGCUGCUUGCUCCCCACUGGACAGUAACACCCAUUUGCUUUCAUCCGUUGAAACAGCUUGCCGCAAACAACAGUGGAACGCGACCG